AGUCCUCCUUGCUCUGUCUUUCAUCAUGUCUCGCUUACUCCCCGUCCUGCUGCUGCUGGUGCUCGCCUGCCUGGCCCAGCUCGGCGCCGCUCAGCCCGUCAACAUGCAGGCCGAGCUGAAGAAGAUGCAGGUCGCCAUGGAGGAGAUGAAGGCCGAGAGACGAGAGCUGAUUGGCCGUCUGGAGGCGUCUGAGAGAGAACUGAGGGAGGUCAAAGAAACACCCAAAGUGGCCUUUGCCGCCUCGCUGGGAGGAAACGGCCUGGUGAAGACGACAACGGGAAACAAAGAUCUCAUCUACAGGGAUGUCCUGACCAACGUGGGCGGAGCUUACAACUCUGAGACAGGUGUGUUCACAGCACCGAUUCGUGGAGUCUACUACAUCCGCUUCACAGCCAACGGACCCACCGACUUCCCCAGGAGCGCCGUGCUUUACAAAAACAACGUACAGAUCCAGCUGAUCACCCACGAGCAGGAGUCCGGCACAGGAAGCGACACGGCGUCCAACGGCGCCACCUUGCUGCUGGAGAAGGGUGACACGUUGAAGAUGGUGCUGUGGCAGAACACGCAGAUCUGGGACAACAGCAACCACCACAGCACCUUCAGCGGCUUCCUGCUGUUCCCCCUGGUAGACGAAGCUCCGACAGAGUUUAACGUUCAAACCGAGAUGAAGACUCUUCAGGCUUCGAUGGCGCAGAUUCAGACAGAAAACCGAGGUUUCAAAGAGAGACUCACGUCCACAGCCAACGAGCUGAAGGCCAUGAGAGACGUACCGAAGGUGGCGUUUGCAGUUUCUCUGGGAGGAAACGGUCUGCAGAAGACGACGUCGGGAAACAAAAAACUCAUCUUCAAAGACGUGCUGACCAACAUCGGACAGGCGUACAACUCUGAGACGGGUGUGUUCACCGCGCCUACCCGUGGAGUCUACUACAUCCGCUUCACAGCCAACGCCCCCACCAACUUCCCCAUGAGCGCCGUUCUCUACAAAAACAACGACGAGGUCCAGCUGAUCGCCCACGAGGCAGAGUCCGGCGAGGGCAGCGACACGGCUUCCAAUGGCGCCGCCCUGCUGCUGGAGCAAGGCGACACGCUCGCCCUGCAGCUGUGGCACAACACGCAGAUCUGGGACAACAGCAACCACCACAGCACCUUCAGCGGCUUCCUGCUGUUUCCAAUGGCAACCGAGGGGAUUUAAAACAGCCAAUCAACGGAGAGUUUGGACUUUAAAAAAUCAGCUCGACAGAUUUUACACUUUGAUGCUCAGUCAAUGUGUUUGAUCACCACUGAGAGGUCACAUUAAAAGAUUCUCUCGCUCA